AUGGCGCCGAAGCCGCUGGACUACGAGUUGCUGAAUGAGAAUGCGAAGAAAGUUGCAUAUGCUGUCAAAGGGGAGCUUUACCUGCGGGCUUCGGAGUUGCAGAAGGAGGGGAAGAAGAUUAUUUUCACAAAUGUCGGGAAUCCACAUGCUCUCGGACAGAAGCCAUUAACAUUUCCCCGUCAGUCUGUUGCUCAAGCUAAACUGCUUUGCAACUUGUUUCCUCUUGUUAACGGUGAUCUGGAAAAGAAAUGUAUUCUUCAUUCUGAUAAGAAUCUCAACUUUCUUUCGAGCAAUCAGGUGCAUAUAGUGAUUCUCGAGGACUUCCUGGAAUUAGGAAAGAAUUUGCAGAUAAGUCAUUUGCAAGGGAUGUUCAAUCGAACUAUCAGAUUAUUAGAAGCAGGUAUCGAGCCAGUAUAUGUAUUUGACGGUCAACCUCCAGAGUUGAAGAAACAAGAACUUGCCAAAAGAUAUUUAAAGAGGAAAGAUGCAACUAACGAUCUGAACACAACAAUUGAGACUGGUGAUUUGGAGGGAAUUGAAAAGUACAGCAAAAGGACUGUCAAGGUAACCAAGCAACAUAAUGAAGAUUGUAAACGUCUCUUAAGACUAAUGGGUGUGCCUACUAUUGAGGCACCCUGUGAAGCAGAAGCUCAAUGUGCAGCUCUUUGCAAAAGUGACAAGGUGUUUGCGGUUGCCUCAGAAAACAUGGAUACUUUAACUUUUGGGGUACCAAGGUUUCUCCAUCAUUUAAUGGAUCCUAGUUCCAAAAAAAUCUCUGUGAUGGAAUUUGACGUUUCAAAGGUUCUUGAAGAGCUAAGACUCACUAUGGAUCAGUUCAUUGAUUUGUGUAUUCUCUCUGGAUGUGAUUAUUGUGAUAACAUUAAAGGUAAACUUUCUUAUGAGAUAUUGUACAUUCAACAAGUUUAACAUACAAGGCUAGUAC